ACAUUUGCACGCAAGUUGUAUUUGAUUGUUACUAUCAAAAUAAGUUAUCCUUUAAAAUAUUAUUUCAUUUCAAAAAAAGUUUAAUAAAAUAGUAGUAAAAAUGCCUUAUGCCAAUACACCAUCAGUACAGAUUACAGAUCUAUCCGAAGAAAAUGUUAAAUUUGUGAUUGAAGACACCGAUUUAAGCAUUGCAAAUAGCUUGCGUCGUAUAUUCAUUGCUGAAACGCCGACAAUGGCAAUUGAUUGGGUUCAAUUUGAAGCAAACUCCACGGUUUUGGCUGAUGAAUUUCUGGCUCAUCGUAUUGGUUUAAUUCCAUUGAUUUCGGACGAUGUCGUUGAUCAAAUGCAGAAUACUCGUGAAUGUUCAUGCAUUGAUUUUUGCACCGAAUGUAGCGUUGAAUUUACAUUGGACGUGAAAUGUGAUGAUGAACAAACUCGACAUGUCACAACGGCCGAUUUGAAAUCAAGUGAUCCACGAGUCGUUCCAGUGCCAUCACGACGUCGCGAGGAAGAAGAAAAUGAAUAUGGUGAUAACAACGAAGAAAUUCUAAUCAUCAAGUUGCGAAAAGGACAGGAAUUAAAGCUACGUGCGUACGCAAAGAAGGGAUUUGGUAAGGAACACGCCAAAUGGAAUCCCACAGCCGGCGUUUCAUUUGAAUAUGACCCAGAUAAUUCAAUGCGUCACACACUCUAUCCGAAGCCAGACGAGUGGCCGAAAAGUGAACACACCGAAUUGGAAGAAGAUCAAUAUGAAGCCGAAUUUAAUUGGGAAGCCAAACCGAAUAAGUUCUUCUUGAACGUGGAAUCAAGUGGUGCAUUGAAACCAGAAAAUAUCGUUUUGAUGGGUGUAAAGGCACUCAAAAAUAAAUUGUCAAACUUACAAACACAGUUAAGUCAUGAACCUCAAACUGAUGCCUUGGCAAUUGCAUAAAUUUUCCACCAAAAAAUACUUUGUACUUUAAAUAAACAUAUUCAGAGAUCUAAAUAAACUUACCAUUUCCAUGUUUCCUCGA